CCGCCUCGGGAGGGGGUGCUGGCUGCUGUGACGGAAGCAAAGAUGGCGGCGGCCACCUCUGAGCUGAUGACGGGAUGGUGUCUCUUCGGCCUGGCGCUGCUGGCUAUUCUAAUUUUCUGCUGGGUUUACGUGCGCAAGUAUCAAAGUCGGCGGGAAAGUGAAGUUAUUUCUACCAUAACUGCUAUCUUUGCAUUGGCAGUUGCUCUUAUCUCAUCAGCGCUACUACCAGUGGACAUCUUUCUGGUUUCAUAUAUGAAAAAUCAAAAUGGUACAUUUAAGGACUGGGCAGAUGCUAAUGUUUCAAGACAAAUUGAAGACACUGUACUUUAUGGAUAUUACACUUUGUACUCCAUCAUACUGUUCUGCGUUUUUCUGUGGAUUCCCUUUGUCUAUUUCUAUUAUGAGGAGAAGGAAGAAGAUGAUGGCAACACGUGCUCACAGGUUAAAACUGCAUUCAAAUAUACUUUGGGAUUCAUCACAAUUUGUGCAGUUCUUCUCUUAAUUGGUGCUUUUGUUCCUUUGGAUAUUCCCAACAAGAAUAAUUCCACGGAGUGGGAGAAAGUGAAACUCUUGUUUGAAGAAUUUGGAAGCAGCCAUGGCUUGACUGCUCUUUCAUUUUCCAUUAGUUCCUUGACUGUGAUUGGAAUGUUGGCAGCUAUCACUUACACAGCUUAUGGAAUGUCAGCUUUGCCUCUAAAUUUGAUUAAGGGAACUACCAGUGCAGCUUAUGAACGAUUAGAGAACACUGAAGACAUUGAAGAAGUGGAACAACAUUUACUAAGGAUUAAAUCAAAGUGCAGAGAUGGUCGGCCCCUGUCGUCACGGGACAGGCGGAGUGUGCAACAACUGGAAGAGAGACUAAGGACACUUCGGAGAAGAGAGAGGCACCUGGAAUCUAUUGAGAAAAGCUGGUGCACAAAGUUCUGUGAAGCUAUCAGACCUCUAAAGAUUGUGUGGGGAGUGUUCUUCAUCAUUGUGGCACUGCUCUUCACUGUCUCUCUGUUCUUGUCAAAUUUGGACAAAGCUCUUCAUUCAGCUGGCUUUGACUCAGGGUUUAUAAUUUUAGGAACUAAUCUGACCAAUCCAUUGAAUAUGCUGUUACCUGUUCUUCAAACAGUAUUUCCACUUGAUUAUAUUCUUAUUACAACUAUUGUUAUGUACUUUAUCUUCACAUCAAUGGCAGGGAUUCGAAAUAUGGGUAUAUGGUUCUUCUGGACAAGGCUUUAUAAAAUCAGACGAGGAAAAACACGACCUCAAGCACUGUUGUUUCUCUGUAUGAUACUUCUGUUGAUAGUUCUUCAUACAAGUUACAUGAUCUACAGUCUUGCCCCUCAGUACGUAAUGUAUGGAAGCCAGAAAUACUUGGUACAGAGUAAUAAGACAGUUGAUGGCCAGCCAAGGAAUGUGACAACAUUUGUAUCUAAAGACUGUGAUGCAGAUGCACCUGAAGAUCAGUGUAUUGUUACUCGAACAUACCUCUUUCUUCAUAAAUUUUGGUUCUUCAGUGCUGCCUAUUACUUUGGAAACUGGGCUUUCAUUGCAGUGUUUCUAAUUGGAUUAAUUGUUUCGUGCUGCAAAGGCAAGAAAUCAGUCAUUGAAGGUGAAGUGGAUGAAGAUGAUUCAGACAUGAGUGAUGAUGAACUGCCUGUUUAUUACCAUUGAUAGCCUUUUACCAUCAAGAAAAAUGUAAUUUAAGCUUAUGUUGAAAGUCAUACCCAUGUGGAAUUGGUAUCCAAAUAAGCAUCUUUGCACCUGUAAAAAUAGGGGAAAUAAGUGUACUCAGAGGGAUAAUAAACUUAAUUUCUCUUUGAGUAUUAUUGUUAUAGCAGAACAAAUAUUGAAGCUGGGUUUAAAUAAUAUAUAGAAAAGUUUUAUGAUUAAAUGUAUAUAUAACUUCCUGAUGCAUAAUUGGAACUAUUGUAACUAUCUCAUAACUUGUGGUUCUUUUCUGUUAAGUUUUCUAAUUUUGCACCUAACUUUUUUAUUCAGUAUCAUAAAUAAAAAUAGGUACAAUUCUGCAAAACACCUGGUGUAAACAUUGCUGGAAAGAUUUGGAUGAGGUUUACAGUUCCAGGAGGAUAAAACUUAAGUUUUGAGUUAAUUUUACUAGCAUUUCUGGGAUUCCCACAUAAAGCUAUAAUGAGCGAGAGACUUCCCUUAAAAUCUGCCAAAACCAGAAGAGUAAUUCAUUUUCAUACUGUUAUUGCCAUGGAGUUACUAUGGUGAUCCUCAGGUAACUAUGAGGUGGCUUUUGGUGAAAAUGGUGAAAAUGACAUUACUCAGUGUUGCAAUGUUUUAGUGCAGUUCAGUUACCAUAUGUCUGUGUGGCUUCGUAUUAACAGGUGGAAUAAUUAAGAUGUGAUUAAAUUUUUAUGUAUUUUUCUCUAUAGAGCAAAUUGUCUUGUUUGACAUUUUCUUUCAAUAUAUAAUGUAAAUGUUGUCAAACUUGUUUACAAACCAAUAUGUUUAUAUAAACACAGUUCAUAAAUAUUUGUCAUUCA